AUUUGAAAGUUACCAGUAUUCCCGGGGUAAACCCAAAAACAUAAGCUAUCCGUCAUUCCGUCCCAAUCCAUCCAAUGUAUAGCCCAAGUCUUCUUCCUCCGCUUAACACAGUAGAAAACUAGAGAUGGAUUGAAGGGAAAAGAUGGCAGGCAAGACAUUUAAUUUAAUUAAUUAGAUUUCUUUGUUUUCUUUUGUACUUCUAGGUUUUCUCCUAAUCAAUAAUGAGCGCAGGAGGCAAAUCAGGCAAUGGGGAAGAAGUUGCGGUUUUGUUGUUUUGGGGAGGGGAAAUCAUAAAGAAGGGAUAUCUCGGCUCCGUCGAUUACUCAGAUCCGCCAAAAACGAUGUGUUUCUUGAGCCGCCACAGUGAUCAUGGGGAUCUCGUGGAGGAAGUGCAUUCGGCAAUGAACACCGAUGAAGAGGAAACGACUUUGGAUCUGUUCGGGAAGUAUCCGACAAAGAUAGACGGAGAGAAAUUCGUGUUCGUCUCUAUUCCGCUUACCGAUGAUCGAUCGUGGAGGUGGUUUUUGAAGUCGAUGGAUCUCUCCCAGCCCAUUCAUGUGUAUGCCAUCGCCACCGGAAAGAGCAGAGCACCAGAUACUGAGCGGCGCAACCCCAGAGCGCGUGAUUCAAGGAGCGUGCGGGGGAAGAGAAGCGGAGGCGCGUGCUCGUCCUCGUCGCCGAUGUGGAUCUUUGUUAAGUUCCUGUCGGGGAAGACCGUUCCCUACGAGGUCGAAUCAUCGGACACUAUUGCUGAAUUGAAGGAACAAAUAGCGGAUACGGAAGGCUUUUCGCCCGACCAGCAGCGUCUCAUCUUCGCGGGAAGGCAACUGGAGGACUAUAAGACGCUUGCGGAGUACAACAUCCAGCCGAAUUCCUAUAUCCAUUUCGUCCAAAGGUUAUGCGGUUGUUAGUUGAUGUGAAUGUGUCUACCUUCUCUCGCACCAGCCAUUGAACCUUUCCUUUAGCUAUCUCAGAUGUGGAGCAUUUAGUUCAGUUUUGUUUUUGGUUCAUCGUUUUGAAUCGUUGCGUGGAUAAUUUGAUGAUCUAUAAUUCAUCAAUCAUCAUUACAAUGACGAAUGUAUCAGUUUAAUUGGCACGCGCUUAUGUUUAUAAUCAUUGCUUAUUAUGCUGGUAUACUAAUGGCCUAAAUUGAGUAAAUUCGUAUAAGAAGUUUUGAACUGUGAACUGUUAA